AUGACCCACAGGAAGCUGCCACAUCGUGACGCCCUGCAGUCGUGGGUCUCGUCAUGGCUGCAGCUAGAACCCCGGGAGCUUCAAGUGCCUGGCCGAGUGUCGCAGGAGCCCGUGGGUCCGGGUCACCGCAGGGGCGUCUGGCCUCCCCUGGGGGACUUCUCUGGGCGGCGGGCAGCUGCAUUUGCAAAGCUGCUUGGCUUCCACCCGCGGAGGUGUGGACCCUCUUCCCUGACCUUUCACAUCACGAAGCUGGGCAGGCUCCGCAGCCGCUCCUCCCCCAGGCUGUGCGGGCGAGCCGGGAGGCCAGUCCCGACAGUGACGGUGCUGUUUGCGGAGGCCUCACCGGGAGCUGGGAGCCUCGCCCACCCCGACCUCCUGAGCCAGGACGUGGCGGUAGACGAAUGUCCACUGACGCCUGAGAAGCGCUGUGACCCAUCGGGAGAGACGGGCGGCCGCUCACAUGAUGCCGCGCGGCCUCGUUUGAACCCCAACUUGGACAGACAACCUUUGAAGAGACAUUUUCUGGAGAAAUCGGGCAAAUUUGUCUCUGGGCAGGCAUCAGACGCCGCGGCCGGCCAUGUGUGCAGAAGCGCCCUGGAGGGUCUGGGGGAAGUAACACACUGUCUAAGGUUUGCUUUAAGACUCUCCAGAAAGCUCAGCCAAAACUCAGACAACCUGACCAAAGAGAGGAGGGCCCGGGUGGGUGGCUCCGGGGCCGAUGGCGGGAGCAAGGCUGGAGAAUUUCCGUCGUUGGAGAUCUUGUUGAACUCUGAGUGCGUGUCCCGGGCAGGCUCUGCCACCCCGUCCUUGCUGAGCGUGCCUGCAUCAGCGGUCACUGCCACGGUGAGUCCCCCAGGCUCUGGCCGCAGGAGGUCACUGUCUCCUUGCUCACACCCGGAGCACAGCGGGGCGCGCAAUUCCUCCCUCGGGCAGGAAAGUGGGCGUCCAGCUACCACCUGGGACCGACGGGCCCCCACCCAGACCUUCUGCCGAGCUCGCCCCCCAGCCGACCCCCUCCUCACCUCUGCCUCACCUGCACUACGCGGCUUUGGCGAAGCUCCGUGUGGAGCCUCAGUCUGACCACUGGGUGUCGCUGUUUCCCACGGGGCCGGAGCGAGGUGUUCUCACGGGCUCCUUCGGUUCCCUGUGGCUCCCUGGGCUAGGUGGGGUCCCAGCGCAGGCUUCUGGAGUGGGAUGACCUCUGACCCCAGACAUACCCACCGAGAGGCCUGGCCUCCUCGGGCUCCCUGCUGAAAUGUAGACUCCCACCCCCUCACCCCUACUCCCCAUUCUUCCUGGACCGGAAAGUCUGGGCAUUCUGGUACUCACGUCUGGGACCCUCUGCCCUCCAGCUACAGAAGGUGGCCCAGGAAGGGCCACCUCUCUUCUGCCUUUCGCUGCUGUGAUUUGUGACUACUGUGGGUAAAGUCCGCGAUUCCGUCGGGCUCCCAAGAUACACCCUUCCUGUCCACAUUGUGCCACGGGCCUGGCCCACUCUGCGCCCCGCCUUCGCCCCGCCUUCGCCCCGCCUUCGCCCCGCCUUCGCCCCGCCUUCGCGGCCCCGGGUAACCUUUUUCCCUGUCAGCUCUUGUCCCAGGCUGCUACUGCCAGGAAGUCUCCCGUCCUGCCCCCUCCCGCUGGGAAUGAGCCUGCUGCUGGUGGGUGCUUCCCUGAGGCCACAGCUCCCAGCGCCACGGCCACCGGGGCCUCCCCAGGCCGCGCCCGGGGGCAGUGCGGCCACCACCCUCCAGCGUCUUGCUCCUAAUUGUUGGUUCCCAUAGGCUGACACAGAGCAGGCACCUGGAUGGUGCUAAAUAAACAGAACUGUGAACUGAUGAAGAAAUUCGAGAACCUCUCCCAGAAUGUUUCCGGAAGAAAUGACGCAGACAUUUGUCGCGUGGAAGACAGAAGUGUGGGUCUGCUCACGGAGAGGUGGGCGCGAAAGGAAAGCAUUCGAUUUCCUGAGUUUUAAAGAGUCAGUUGU